AUGCGCAGCUUCUUCUCCGUCAUUCUCGCCUUGGUCGCCCUCGUCUUCGCUGUCGCCUCUGCGAAUCCGCUUCUCUACCGUGUUCCACAAAUGUAUGAUGACACGCAGUUCGUCAAGAGGAGUAACGCAGAGUUGAUAAACGGCCUCAUUGGAAUGGACCUCGGCAAGCUUUCUGCCGUCGGCAAGCGAUCGAACGCUGAACUGAUCAAUGGUUUAUUGGGAAUGAACCUCAACAAGCUGAGCUCUGCAGGCCGACGAUAA